AUGGCCGAUAGAAAAGCUUUGAAUAACAUCAGCAACCAUCCAACUUUGGCGAAUGGAGGAGAAUCUACCAAAGAAAAAGAAACUGAAAACACAUCUUUGGUUGAAAAGGAAAACGACGAUGUUUCUUCAAUUUAUUCCUACGUGGAAUGUGAAGACGUUCUGGUCCCAUUACCGGAAAAAAUAGUAGUAGAUAACCCGCAAACGGAAAACCAGACUCUUACUCCACAAAAAUGGUUAAAGAAACCGGCUCCAUUGAAAAAGCCACCACAAAACGGCCUCUGGAAUGUGAAUGAAAGCAAGUACACCCACUUCAACUUGGGCGAUGGAACCAGACAUAAAGUUUACCCGUUGAAAGGCGAUGGGGACAACGGGGUAAAUGUUGUUCAGUUUUAUUUUGCCAACGAGGCGAAAUAUUUGGUCCAUGCCAAUUAUCUCGAUAAAACUCGGGUAACCAGAAGGGAGCGCUUUAUUAUGAUUAAUCGCAUGGUAGAAGUUCACUGCAACUUUUUCCAAGGAAAGCAGGAUGAAAGUUUGGCAAUUACAGUAAACCUAAUCGACCGGUUCAUGAAAAAGUCCGAAUACGCGUGUCGGGAGAACUUGCAUGCGAUCGGUUUGUCUGCGUUAAGUCUGGCGUGCAAGCUGGAAACGCGCGUGACGCUUGAUAAUAUUCGUGAACAGAUGGUGGAAUUGUCAGCUGGUGAAGUCUCCAUUCAUGACAUGAACGCCUUCGAAGACGAAAUUACGCGGGUCUUAAACUUCGAUCUAUUCAGCAUUCACGCAUUCCUGUUCUUACAGCGGAUUCAACGGGGAUUGCAACUUAUGCCGAAUGUUUACAUUUGCGCCAAGUAUUUGAUCGUUUUAUCAUUUCACGACCCCUGUUUUUGCAACGUGUUGCCUUCAAUAGUAGCUGCAGCCGCCGUAUUGUUGGCCCAGCGCCUUUUGACACCUACCAAGUGCUACAAAAUGCCGUUAAUAUUUGAAAUAAGCUCAGGUUAUAAAUUCGAGGAGGUUGUCACCGAGAGCGAAAUGCUGAUGAAUCUGCUGCGCGUUGCGAAAGAAGGAAUUCAUAUCGCUUCUUAUACCAGAUUCAAGGGAAAGGGAGGCAUAUCUGACGUGCCCGAGUUGCGCCCGAAAGCUUUGCAAAAUAUUUGUAUCCACCGGGAAAUUAAUGAGGGCACUUAUUGGCAUAACGGGAAACUACAUAGUUGGAGAUAA